CUCCCUACAGUGCCUUGUGUAUGGUGAGAUGUGUGUGUGAGAGAGAGAGAAAGAGUGUGUGUGAGCUGCCUAUUCUCUAAAUAACCUGUUGAUCCAGUCAAGCUAACACACUCUGAGGGGGCGGCAGGAUCGACUCUUCACUUCUUCCUCUUCUUCCUGAUUUCAUCUGAACCGGAGCUCCAGCUGAGUGGCUGUAAGUGUUUUCUCAGUUUUUCCUGGCAUGUCACUGACGAAUGGCACGGAUUUCAGUCCUGAAACAGCUCUAUGUGAUAUCACAGGUCUAUAAAAAGUUGACUUAGUUGUAGUUAUCAAGAGAGGUUUCACAGUUGAUGUCCAGAAGCUUCUAGAGAUCCAAGGAAAAACCUGCAGGAAGGGAAAAAAAAGUGGAUAGCCUCGCCUGAAAUCGCCACAGUGAAAGAAGUACGAACUGAAGACCUGUCUGCAUGUGUUUCUGUGUGUCUGCCUGAGUUGUAAAAGCGUGUAGCUGAAAGGAAACAAUGUCAGCAAUACACACCUGGGUCUGUUUUCUCCUCUGGAUCAGCUUUGCCACACAGGACAAAACCCCAGAUGUCACUGUGACGUGUUUUGUUUCGGAGGAGUGCGUGCUCCCCUGCAGCUUCCAGCCGGACAGCGAGGAGACCAUCGAGUGGUUCAGACAGGACGUGGUGGUGUACAAGUUCGAGCGGGGCGGCAAUGACGAUGACGAUGACGACGAUGACGACGACGACGAUGAUGAUGACGAUGACAGCAGCGAGGAGCACUUUGAGCACGAGCAGGUCGCUGGCCGCGCCUCCAUUUUCCCACACCUGAUAUCCCGCGGCAACGCCACGCUGAUCCUCAGGAGGAGUGGUCUCAAGGACAGAGGCACGUACAGGUGUCACGUGAGCACCUCGAGGGGCGAACACAACGCAAAGGUCAUCGUGAAGGUGGAAGCACCCAUCCGAGGCCUGUCUCUGGAGCUGUCGAGGCUGAGCGGCUAUGAGGAGAUGAAGUGCACCGUCCGUAAUGUCUUCCCGGCUCCUCGUGUAACCUGGGCGACUGAACCACCCACUUUCGAGGACCUCCGACCGGUCACGCGCAUGCUGGCCGACAAACAGGGGCUGUACACGGUUGACAGCCGCCUCAAGAGGCUGAAAGGACAACCUGACCUCAUCUACAUCUGUAAAGUCAAGACCUCCUACGGUGGUCCGGCCUGGACCACCUCACUCAGGGAAAGAGAAAUAAGAGGAACUCAAGGGAGAGAUCUGACCAUCCCCUGCUCCGCCCCUCCUUACCUGAACAACCCCUUCCUCAACUGGAGCUUCUCCAACGGUGAGGACCCCUCCCACAUCCUCACCUACGACAGCCAGUCGGGGGACAGCGUCUCCUCGCCGCCCUGGGACAACCACGUGGAGCUGGACGGCUUCAGGGUCCCAUUUGGAGACGGCUCUCUGCGACUGAUGGACCCCAAGCACUCGGAGCACACGGGCAGCUACACCUGCGUAUUCUCCAUGCCGUACAACACUCACACCGAACGCACUGAUGUAACUAUUGACGCUCCUGGGGGUCAGCGAAGCAUUUCAAAUCACCCAUCUUAUUGGUGGAUUGUCAGUCUGGUGAUUGCAGUGCUGGUUCUUGCUCUGGCGGGCAUGCUGGUCUACCUGAAGGUGAAAGGAAGAACCGUGAAGGCCAGAAACGACCCUGAGGAGGUGACGGAGCUGCAUUUAGUCAAAGACUCGACAGCAGACAGAAACCUGAAUGAGAGCAGCCCUUUGACUGCAGGCGGCACCAACGGACAAUCAGGCCUCCAGAGCGGCACUCAGUUAACCUGAGAACAAACAGAAACAACAACUUGGAGACACCUAAAACUAAUAAAAUACUAACAAAACAAAUGCGCACACAGCUAGACACUGACGAGGAACUAACAGCUUCUUAGAAACAGAAGGUUUCUUUAAAAAUGGAAUUAUAUACUUUCAAAUGACUAUUUUGGCAUAUUUGGGAGUUUUUCUAAUUGGGAACUCUUCUUGGUCCCUGAGGAUUUUAGAUGACACCCUGAUAAACUGCUGCUUUUUCGUGUAUAUGCUGAAGUGUAGAACAUGCUUUCAAUGUCUUCAUUAAGGGUUUGUGAACCCUGAUAGUGCAGCUAUGAAUCUGCUGUUAUUUCAGGAACUCUUUAAGGGAAAUGUUUUCUUGUGAAGAACCCUAAAGACGGAUCCUGCUGAACCCUAAAAGCCUGUUUCCACCACAGGAACGACCAAGGAACCAUUUUAGGAACUCAGGAACCUGCAUUUUGACCAGAGAAACAAUGGUCUGAAUUUAGUUCCUGGCCCCAAAAAUGCUCAGUGGGAACUUUCUGAUGACCCAGGAACUAUUGGGACACAGUUUGCAGUGGUCUAAGUGAAACGUUCAGUGUUCAAAAACAAACUUUUUGCUACUUGUGUACAGCUUUAAGGCCUCGUCACACCAGAAAAGGGUACAGCAAAAUGAAUCUGCGCUUCUUUGUCAAAUAUUUGGUUCUGACGUAGUGACAAUAAUAACAGAACCAGCAGGUGAACUGCAGUAGCUGGCGAGCUAACCGCUAACAGCCGGGUGAGUAAGUGCUAGUCAGUCACAAUAGCUCCCGGAGAGUCUCUCUAUUUUCUCUCAACUGUUCCCUUUACUUCCCCCUGACUUUUGUUCACCAUUGUACACCAUUUCAGUCAACAAAAAGUUAUUGGAGAGGGAAAAUUAAGCUCUCCAAACAGUCAGUUAGCAGACUCAUUACCUCAUUAGCUUAGCUCGCCUGCUAAUGAGACAACAAGUUCACACAGUUUAUUCAGAAGGCGUAUUUGUGCCAUCGACUCCUGUCUCAUGUUGGUCUGUAAACCAUUACUCUGUUUUGGAGCAAGUGAUACUCCAACAGAGGAGGUUAAAUAAAUCUGGAUGGUGCCACACAGCUAACCAGCUACGAUAGCUUCCUCCAUUUUGGACUCUCCAGCUUUCUGUCCCCUCAAAGGUCAGCUCUGUCAAGACGGCUUACUAUUGGUCAACAAUGCAAAUUUGUGUGUCAAAGUUCACCAGAGCUGCAGAACUAGAUGCAAAAAUUUGCAGGGAUUUAUUCGCAGUGAUUCCACUGAAAUUAUUUAAAAUUUACCACCAUUUUAAAUGCUGGUAUGAUGAGUCCUUUAUUUAGACAGUAAUCAAACACUGGGUGCCACUAGGACAAGAGGAGGUCGUUUUUUGUAAUGUUUAUUGUUUAAAGUUUAUCUUGUCGACUCUCAUGGUUCUUCAGAUAUGGUGGAAAUGAAACAGGAAUGCAACAUAUUUUUUUUUGCUUCAAGUUACUUAUUUGGUCUCUCAGUUCUUGGCACUAUUUAGUGGAAAUGAGGCAUUAGAAGAACUCCAGGGAUCAUUUGCAAAGUUACGACGGGGCUGAGAACCAAAACGCUGCAUCACAAAGCUUGUGAAGUCAAAAAAGAGCCUCUGUGUGAAUUUUCUGAUGUUUUAAACCAUGUCGUCUUUUUUCUUGAGGUUGGAGUCAGUUAUGCACUAGAAGGGAUUCAGCAUUCUGCUCUUAGACACUUGCACAGACUGGAUUUCCAAACUUCAUGUUACUACCUACACUGUCCUGCGGCAUUUAAAGCUUCACUGAACUUAAAGGGCACUCCGAAAGGUCAAGCUCCUUCUGGGAAUUGUUUCCUGAUUAUAAAGAUGAAUGUGACUGUGAAUCAUUGAUGUGACUGAACAAUAUGGACUUCCUUUUUGACGUGGAGAGAUUAACGUUUAACUUGCUGUCAUGAAGUGACAAGAACUCUCUAAUAUAUAAUCAAAAGCAGAUUCGAAUAGUUUCUGCUUCUCUCUGCACUGCCACACUUUGCUGUAAACAUGCAUCACGUUUCACGAAUUAUACUUGACCUCUUUCACAAAUGUGUCAUAAAUAAUGUAUUGUUAUUAAAAAGACUAAUCACUGAA